AUGCUGAGGACAAAAUGGGAGAUGGUAUUGAGUUGUUUAGGCUCCAUGUUGGAGGAGAACCCUGCUCUUAGAUUGAUGAACCAUGUCCUAAACCUCAGCUAUGACGAUCUCCCUCAUGAUCUUAAGACAUGCAUGCUUUACUUUGUUACAUUUGCUGAGGAUUGUAUUAUUAAGAAGGACCAUUUGUUGAGGCGAUGCAUAGCAGAAGGCUUUGUCAUGGAAAUAGCUGGUCAGGAUCUAGAGGAAGUUGCUGAAGGAUUUUUCAAUGAACUGGUUAAUAGGAGCAUGAUUCAGCCUGCUUCUUUCGGUGAGGAUGGAGAGUUGACGUCUGUCCGGGUGCAUGAUCUAAUGCUAGAGCUUAUUACCUCAAAGUCCAGGCAAGAGAACUUCAUCACUGCAACAAUUGACCAGAACGCCAGGCCUGGGCCUUUGGAAAUUCGUCGCCUCUCCCUUCACUUCAGCAAUGCAGAAGAUGACAAUAGUGUUCUGAGAAGCAUGGAACUCAGGCAAACUCGAUCGCUCAUCUUUUCAGGCAUUGUUCAAGACAUACCUUGUCUACGAAAGUUUGAACUUCUCCGGGUCAUGGAUCUCGAUGUUAACUUUUCCAGGAAUACUUCAUGUGACCUGACUGGUAUAUGCAGACUCUUCUUACUCAGAUAUUUGAGGAUCAGAGGUAAUUCCUUAAUACUGCCUGAUCAAAUAAGAACCCUGAAACAUCUGAAGACACUGGAAUUAGAUGGCCACCUUCUCGAUGUUCCGUCGGAUGUCUUCGAGUUGAAGUCUUUGUCGCAUCUGAUUGUUCCUGGCAAUGCUGACCUGCCUGACGGAAUGGGUGAUAUGAGAGCUCCCCGCACUUUGCGGGCCUUGGAUAUUGCAGGGUGUCCCAUGGAUAGGCUUCGAGCUCUCGGCGAGCUAACCAAUUUAAGAGAUCUUCAACUAAGCUACCAGAUACAUAGUGGUGACAAAAAGCAUGAUGCAGAUCGUAAGGAAGCUUUGGUAACCUCCCUGGUCAAGCUUGGAACUAGCGGCAAUCUCCGAUCCCUGGCUUUCUCUCAUUAUUCAUGGUGCGUUCCAGAAGACGUACUGAGCCACUGGGAACCUGCUCCACGUAGUCUCGAGAGGCUUCAUCUGUUGACGUGCCCUUUCAGUGCAGUUCCACGGUGUAUUGCAUACCUUGAUAGCCUCACCAGUCUGCGGCUUCACGUUACCAAGCUCCGGAACGAUGGGAUGGAGAUUUUCGGGAAGCUACCGUCCCUUGUAGACCUUCAAAUUUCUGCUCUGUCGGUCCACGAACAAAGAGUCACCAUCCCUGCUGGGCUGUUUCCUGCAAUAAGGAACUUUGUAUUCCAUCAUGGUAAGCCAUGUCUAGAUUUUGAACCAGGGGCUAUGCAGAAACUCCAAAAGUUAUCGCUCGAAUUCAGUGCUUCUGAAGUGGAGAAGUGUGAAGAUUUACCUUCUGGCAUCGACCAUCUAACAGGCCUCAAUCAAGUGUUUGUAUGUCACAGGUCCGUCUCCAUAAGCUCAAAUGUUAUUGAGCACCAUAUGAAGACCAUCAUUGGCAAGCACGCUGGCUAUCCGAGUUUUGAAUUCAAAGCACGAAGCGCAAUUGGAGACAUUAUGAGAGACUCCGGCCUGGAAUAA